ACAAGGUGUUCAUGAGUGUUUGUUAGAAGCACUUAGAACUAAAAGUACUAAAUCUGAGCUCUGGCUGAGCAAAUAGGAGCUAGUUUGUGAAAGUGAAAGUAAGUUAGCUGUCUGAAAGGCACAGGAGAAACAACAGAAUGGCUGCUGCUAACACAUCACCAUCUGAGGAGGAAUGCACCUGCCCUGUGUGCUGUGACAUAUUUAAGGACCCAGUCCUCUUAUUGUGCGGCCACAGCUUCUGUCAGGACUGUCUUCAGGAGUGGUGGAGACAGAGUGGACUCAAGAAAUGCCCGAUGUGUAAGGAAAUGUUUAUGAUGACUCAGCCACCACGUAAUCUGGCACUGAGAAACCUGUCUGACGCCCUGAGGAGAGAGAAGAGUGCUAACUCAGGAUCUAAGGAGAUCUGCAGCCUGCACGGUGAGAGACUGAAGCUCUUCUGUCAAGACGAUCAACAGCUCAUCUGUUUGAUUUGUAGAGAUGCACAAAGACAUAAGAAGCACAACUUUGUCCCCGUGGAUGAAGCAGCACAAGCCUGGAGGAACCAACUCAAGCUCAAGACGGUGCAUCUAAAAACCAAACUGGGGUUAUUUAACCAGGAAAAACUCACCUGUGAUGAAAUGGCCGGCCACAUCAAGCUCCAGGCUCAGCAGACGGAGAAGACGAUCAAAGAGGAGUUUCAGAAGCUUUACCAGUUCCUGCGAGCAGAGGAGGCUGCGAGGACUGAUGCAGUGAGGAAAGAGGCGGCGCUCAAGAGUCAAGCCAUGAACAUCAGGAUCGUUAAUUUGACUGCAGAGAUCUCCUCAAUCACAGAUACUAUUGAAACCACAGAGAGGGAGAUGAGGGCUGAUGACAUCUCCUUCAUGCUGAAUGUCAGAUCCACAAUGGAGCGGUAAGUUGCUACAUCUGUG